AUGGAAACCUUCAAUUACAAACCGCUCAUUUUGCUUUUACUCAUAAAUCUUCCAUGCUUCGAAUUUCAAGUGACAAUUGCAAAAAACACUCAAGUGACACCCCGAUGUGGCUCGCAAUUAAUAUCUAUCGAGAUCAAUUUUGAUCCAACACAGUUGCCUGGAGGCAAGUUUCAUGAUUGGAUCGUUGUUGGAGUCUCAGGCCGACCAGAAUGCCGUCUUCGAGGCAAUGGAGAAACCAAAUAUAUUAUAGAAAUCGCCGUAUUCAAUGACCCGUGCUUAACGCAAAUUCCUGCUCGAAAUGUAUUCCAGAAUCGAAUACGAAUAGGGAAGAACCCGGUAGUUAUUCUUGAAGGAGACCAAUCAAUCACAGUGAAAUGUGUCUACGGUCUUCCAACUGUUGAAACCAUUGCAUUACCCGUUGUUAACCCUAAUUUUAAUAUUGAAAAAACUGCCCAGGGAAUUGAGGAAUUUGGAAGUCAUGAUAAUAAAGCAAGUAAACCUCGAACUUCCACUGCUACAAUUUUCGAUAAGCGAACUAUGAGGGGGACCGAAUCUCGCGUGGUCCCGGUGCCAGUCGUUAGUUUGAACAAAGCUCCCACAGAAACGCCAACAUCCACACGACAAUCGGCUUUGAAUCGGCUAAGCGCAAAAAAGAAAAACGCGGCGCCGCUGGCACCCAAGAAAAACUUGCCACUAAAAUCCAAUUUGGAGGAAUUCGUAUCCAAGACAUAUGCCAUGGGUGAAUAUAAUGAUAUUGCUAGUCCUGCUUAUGCAUAUACUUCGGAGGUUUAUGAAGAAAGGGAAGUUGAUGUUGGGUUUGGAACUGACAGAUCAAAGAAAAUCAAGAAGCGUUCUGUAAUUGAUGACAAAUCAUUGAACGACGACGGAGCAGUUUCUUCAUAUAGAUCGAUUACUGAAAUUGUGCACGCUGCUGAAACGGCAAACCUCUCACAAAUUCCGUCGGUUCCUUCCGAAUCACAUCAUCAUCACAAUGAACUGGAAACACUUUUAAUGGAUGCGGUCGCUCCAAUUCGAGGGUUUGGUUAUCGUAAACUAACUGAGCAGGAAAUGAGCCGCUGGAAGAAUCUAAUUCAAAAGGACGCCCAUUUAAGGGAAUUGCUCUCAUCAUCGAAGAGUGUUGCCGAAAUUGAAGAUAUUUUUGAGAGCAAUGAGUACAAAAAUCUGUUUUCAUCGACAAAAUGGCAUGAAAUCGCGCAAUGCGUUCACAGAUCAUUGACACAAUCCCUUGAUAGAUCUAAUUCUCAAUCGCAACUUCAAUUGUUUGUGGGCAACGUGCACAGCGAUUGGUGA